AUGGCUGGUGAGCUUGGAAAACGAUCAAGGAAUACUUCUGGUAGUAGUUCUACUUCCGAUUGUGUUGAUUCUGAUGUUCUCGGCGAUUUUAACUUGGCCUUACUUUCUGAAGAUCAUGGAGGAAACGAGAUGAACAUCCCAAUCUCAGAUGCUCAGUUUGCAGAAAACUUAUGGAUUCAAGAAGCUCUUAUGGCUUCGUUUCAUAAGUUGAAACAAACUCAGAUUAUUAGGUCGGAAGUUAAAAUCGAACCGGGUCUCUGCUGUGAUGGAGCUUCGAGUGGCAAUCCUGGUAAUGCAGCAGGUGCAGGCAAUAUUGCAAGGGGACCUGAUGGUAGUCUUCUGGGUGCGCAGAGUCUGGGCUUGGGAGUCGACAACACCAUUUCAACUGCUGUUGCUAUUAGCAAGAGAAUGAAACAAGAGGCAAUUGUAAAAGUGAAAUUGGAAAAAUUGGAAUCAGCUGAAACUAUUUGUGGAAUUUGUAAAGAAAUGAAAACAAUGGGGGAGAUGUUUAUCAGAUAUGGUACUGCUACUACCAGUACCUGCACACAUAGGUUUUGUUUUGAAUGCUUGAGGAAACACAUUGUGGCUAAGAUUCAAGAGAAUGAGAUUGUUAUCAGGUGUCCUGGAUUUGAAUGUCAGGAGAUAUUAGAACCUGGAUUAUGUCAAGGUUUGAUCCCAAAAGAAGUUUUUGAUCGAUGGGGCGAGGCUAUUUCGGGGUCUUUGUUUGCUGGAUCAGUUGUAAUUUACUGCCCUUUUGGUGAUUGUAAUGGGAUGUUAGUUAAUGAUGGUGGAGAGGAUGCAAUUAGGGAGACUGAAUGUAUGCACUGUCGAAGAUUGUUCUGUGCUCAGUGUAAAGUUCCAUGGCAUUCUGAUACCAAUUGUGUCGACUUUCAAAAGCUGGUUGGAGAAAAUGGAGCUGGAGGUAUUUAA